UGAGCUCGUCGUUUCGAAGCUAACUGACAUAGCCUCUUUCCGGCUUUAACGCCAUUGUAAACCAGACGUGUUGAAACACCAUGGCUGACGAGGCAUUUGAAAACUUCGAUGAGGAGGCUACGGUGCAGCCUGUGGCGACCGACGAUCAGCCCGCACAGGUCUACGAGGAAGCCCAGGUCGUCCAGCCGGCCGAGCUACCCGAAAUCAAGCUUUUCGGAAGAUGGAGCAGCGACGACAUCGAUAUUUCCGACAUUUCCGUUUCGGAUUAUAUCGCCGUGAAGGAGAAGCACGCCAAGUACCUUCCCCAUUCGGCCGGCCGUUUCGCGACCAAGCGUUUCCGCAAGGCCCAAUGCCCUAUUGUGGAGCGUCUGACCAACUCGCUGAUGAUGAAGGGACGCAACAACGGCAAGAAGCUGAAGGCAGUGCGCAUCGUGCGUCACGCGUUCGAGAUCAUGCAUCUGCUGACUGGUGAGAACCCGCUACAGAUCGUGGUCCACGCCAUUAUCAACUCGGGUCCCCGCGAAGAUUCGACCCGUAUCGGUCGUGCUGGUACCGUCCGUCGUCAGGCCGUCGAUGUGUCGCCUCUGCGUCGUGUAAACCAGGCUAUCUGGUUACUCUGCACCGGUGCUCGUGACGCCGCAUUCCGUAACAUCAAAACGAUUGCUGAAUGCUUGGCCGAUGAGCUGAUCAACGCCGCGAAGGGUUCAUCGAACUCGUACGCCAUCAAGAAGAAGGAUGAGCUGGAGCGUGUUGCCAAGUCUAACCGAUAAGAACUGCAUUCCACCAUUUCGGAAGGGCGCGUGUCGGUCGGUGGUGUGUCGCAUGCAGCGUAUUUUCUGCAUUGGCGCGAGGGGUGUGUUCUUGUACCAAACUGGGGUAUUGUUAUUCCAUCAUUCGUGUGCUCAAUUGCGUCUCAGUGGGGUGCACGACAUACGGGGUCUCUCCUGUAACAUCAUCUUCACAUACCGCGCGUGAUGAAGUAAGGGUUGUGCUCAACAUCUUUACAAUCCUUGAGGACCUCCAAUACCAUCAAAUUAUCAGAGAUUUUUGCUUAAGUGUCGUGUUUGCGUGUGUUUCGAUAAUCGAAAUACACACAUUACGCCACCGAUACAGAAAAACAGAGGUG